AUGAAGGAGUGGUAUUGUAAAAAGGAUUGGCUUUGUGGCAGCUCUAUUUUAGAAAAAUUGUUUUGUUGGCCUUGUCUUUUGUUUUGUCCGGGAACUUCACCUACGUGGACAAAGACUGGCUACACCGACAUGAGAAGCUUGAUGUCUGAUGGGAAGAAACAUGAGAGGACAAGGUCGCACUUAGCUGCUUUUAAAAUGUGGAAGACGUAUGGAGUGAAUGUGCGAGUGGAUUCUCUUCUUUCACAAGCAAGAAGAGAUGAAAUUCAACGUCACAAUGAAGAGGUAAGGCAAAACCGUGAAAUUUUAAAAACAGUUACUGAAGCAGUAUUAUAUUUGUCUAAGCAGGAGUUGGCAUUCAGAGGUCAUGACGAAUCAGAAGACAGCUUGAAUAAAGGUAAUUAUAGAGAGUUGCUCGAGUCUUUUGCCAAGUUUGAUUCUGUAUUUGAACGAAGAUUACAUGGUAGAUUGGCUGAGUCUGAAAGGGGUGGGGGUGGACGUUUUACUGGGGUUUCUCCUGAAAUUCAAAAUGAUUUAAUUAAUUGUCUUGAUUCCGUUAUUGAUGAUGAAAUUUUGAAGGAGAUCAAUGAUUGUACUUUUAUGAGUGUGCAGGUUGAUGAGGCAUCUGAUGUUUCCACCAAAGAGCAGGUAAGUAUGAUUGUCCGUUUAGAUAAAGACAAUGAAAUUGUCGAAAGACAAUUGGGACUUGUGGAUGUCAGUAUGAAUAGGAAUGCUGCUGCAAUAUCUCAAGUUGUCAAAGAUAAACUUGGUCAGUAUUCUAACAUCAAGGAGAAACUAAUUAUGCAAACGUAUGAUGGUGCUUCUGUCAUGUCUGGCCACAUUAAUGGUGUUCAAACUUUGGUUCGUCGAGAGUAUCCUUUUGCUCAAUUUGUCCAUUGUGCAGCUCACAGGUUAAAUCUUGUUUUGUGCCAGUCUGCUUCAUCUAUUGCUCCUGUCAAAAUUUUCUUUAUUAAUACAAGUGCCUUUAGUACUUUUACAAGUAAUGCUCCUAGAAGAAAGGCAUUUCUGACAUCUCAUAAUCUUGAGUUUCCCAACCCUGGUGAUACUAGGUGGUACUAUCGAGCCCGUGUUAUUAAUGUUUUAUAUAAAAAUUAUGAUAAACUUUUAGAGGUUUUUGAUGAAGUAACUGUGCAACCUGAUGGUUGGGAUGAUGAAUCAUUGGAUAAGGUUAGUGGUUUACUGCACUAUCUUAAUAGCUUCCUUUUCUGUUUUUUGGUAUGUGUUUUUUACAAGAUUUUAGAGCAGUCUUCUAUUCUGUAUUCAGUGCUUCAAAAUACAGGUACAGACUUCAGCUAUGGCAUAAGCAAGAUUGAACGUUUCAAGAACUUUGCUUCUGCUCUUCGCACUGAUGAAGAUUUUGAUAAAUUUUAUCAAGAAGCAGUAGACAAAGUUGGCCAACCUGUUAGCAGGAUUGACAAGGGGCACAACUACAAACAACUUUAUUUUGAGAUAAUUGAUUCUAUUGUAGGAAUGUUAAGUGAGAGAUUCCAGGAUAUGAAACGAUUUGAAUUUUUAGAUCUUGUAAAUCCAAAGGUAUUUUCAACGUGGAAUGGGGUUGCACCUCCUGAGAAAUUCAACAUUCUCAAAGAAAUGUAUGGAACCCUUUUUGAUCUCCCAACACUUCAGAGCCAACUUACUUUUAUUUACAAUGACAAGGAUUUUCACAAAGAGUCUAGUAAUGAAGUACUAAAAUAUAUAUUUCAAUUUAAUCUCCAAUCUAGUUUACCAGAAGCUGUGAAGUUACUGAAAAUGAAUGGAGUCUUGGCUUUGUCGAGUGCUUCGGUUGAACGAUCAUUCUCUUGUUUGAAAAGGGUGAAAGGAUAUUUAAGGAACAGAAUGGGUCAGGCUCGGCUCAGUUCUCUUUGUAGGAUUUCCAUUCACAAAGACAUUAUAAAACUUAAGGAAGAUACCAAUGUCUUGCAUGAUGAAGUUGUUAAGAAGUUUGUUGAAAAACCUAGGAGACUUGCCUUUCUUUAUAAAUGA